AUGCAAGUGAUUCUGCAGCGACUCCCCCUGUCAGAUUAUCUGACCUUUCGUGACGUAAGCCACUGCUGGCGAGCCGCAAUAAUUGAUAGCAAGCGUUGGCUUCCUGCGGCUCAUCAACUCCCAUGGCUUUUGACUAGUUUUUAUGAUGACAUGCAAACAUUCUACAUCAAAACAGAUGAUGAUGACGGCGACUACUCGUUUGUAAGCGAUCGGAAAAUCUGCACAUCAAAACACAAUCACAGUGAUUUUUGCUGGCGUUGUGUUGGAGCAAUUGAGGGAUGGCUGAUCAUAGAUUCUCUUUCUCGUAAAUCAAGAAAUGCUAAGGUCCCCUUCUUCUUGAAUCCAGUAUCAGGUGCUCGAGUCAUGCUUCCAUUACAUCCCGUUGAUCAUCCCAACCACUGGAUGAGUUUCUCACUAGGAAAAGUAGUAGCCUCUUCAAUACCAACGUCAACAAAGUGUUACGCGACUUGCCUUCACUUCAGACAACAAGGUCGUUUGGCCUUCUGCACGCCCACUGAUAAAUCAUGGACCUUGAUUGAGACCCAGAAAAAUCUCGAAUUUCGGGAUAUAGAAAUACUUGAUGGGAAACUCUACGCGGUAGGAAUCCCUGCAUUAGAGUUUGUGAUGGUGUUUGACAUCCAUCUAGAUACCCAUGAUGGCAGACUUCAUACCUACACAUCACAAAGGUUGGUUACUCUUCACCCCAAUGUUAAGAGCAUAUUUGAUAGCUUAUUAGUCUUUCGGAAAUGUUACUUGGCAAAAUGUUCUAUAUCAAAGGACUUGUUUAUGAUUUUGUAUCAUAAUCGCCGAUAUCACUACAAUGAAGAAUUAGUUCGAGUGUUGAAGUUAGAGCAUAAUGUUACUACCAAUCCUCAGUGGGUAGAGAUUGCUGACCUUGGUGAUCGAGCAUUGUUUAUAGGCACGCUCAACAACAAAUUUAUCACUUGUCAUGAUAAAACACCUGAAAGAAACUGUAUCUACUUUGUCUUUUCGCCAGGGUUUAAUGAUGGAUACACCUCUGGGGUGUUUUCCUUGACAGAUAAGAGCUUCAAACCUAUAAUUCUUCCCGAGCAUCAUCGCCAUUAUUGGGCAAAGCAUCACAGUGCUUGGUUCACACCAAAUCCUUGCUAG